ACCUGUGACGGCCGCGUCAAGGACUAAGGCCUCCUUAUGUAUGUUGUGCUUUACGCCUGUGCCACCACAGCAGCCCAUAUUCAAGUUUUAUAAAGAAUUAAAAUGUUUGUGUGUCCAAUCUGACCGAUCUUUAUUGGUGCUUAAUUUCUCCGCUUAUGUAGUGGAUGCAUUUUCCUCUUGGUAAGACCCAAGCUCUCUGCUUUUUAACUACUAUUGAUUGACGUUAUAACCUGCAGAGUAUAAAUAGUAACACUUCAGCCUUGAUCAAAUUAUGAAUACCUGUGUUAAAGAAAAGAAAAGAGACAGAAUAUUCUUUUUGUUUUUCCACAGUUCCAGAUGUGAAAGCCUCAGCUGGCCUGAACACAUGAAUGGAUGCAGAGCAUGUUCCAGUGUCAUGUUGCAGAGGCACGCCAUCAGUAGCAGCGAAAGCUAAAGCCAAAAUGACUGAACUGAGAGUUACACAUGGAGAGGAAUGAUGAAAGCUGAGAGGAAACCAGACGUCGGACUGAGGUCAGACUGGACUCCAGCGCGACUCUGAAGAGGAGUGACGGUGUUGGUCCCAGACCUGCGGGGAAAAGAUCAUGGCCCUGACUGACUCCAGUGGAGACCCGCUGUUGCUCAGCAACAGUGGACACCAUCCUUUCAGCGCCAGUGGAAAUGCUCCUUCAGUUACCAGUGGAGAAAACCGCAGCCACCUGGACCCCCUCUCUGCUGCUUGCAGCUGCGACCUCCUCCCAGCUGAGAGAGACGGAGACAUGGCGGUUAGGAACGGAGCCAUGAAGCUGCAGCAGGGAGCCCAUGUCCAGAGAGCCAGCAGGCCCGUCCAGAACGGUGGGCUGGUCAAACUCAACGGCUCGUUGAGGAAUCUCCCGCCAUCAGCGGCUGCGUCUCCGUCUUCUGCCGUCACAGACUCCCAGAAGCCAAACAGACUCCACGUGGCCUCCACCCUGUCACCGACAGCGCCUUCUGCUCUCUGCUGCCCCCACUGCCACUUUCACUCCACCCUGUGCUGCCCCUGCGGACAGCAGGACUGCCCGCUUGUCCGGAGCCCUGCCGCCAGCCCUGGGCCAUGCGCCAGUCCACAGCCAGGUAGCACCUCCUCCUGCCCCUGCUGCCUCUCCACCUGCACAUACUCUCACCAUCUUCCUCAUCACCAAGCCUCCCCUAUGUCUCUGCAUCACCAACGCUGGCAAGAGCACCUGCAGAGCCAGAUACAUCCUCCUGGGAUCAGCCCUGCAAGGCCCUUUCGAUUCCCCAAAAGCUAUUCUGAGCUGAUAGCUGAUUGGCCAGUGGUUGUGCUGGGAGUGUGUACGGUGCUCAUUGUGAUUUGCGCGCUGGUGGGAGUCCUGGUGCCUGACCUGCCAGAUUUCUCCGACCCGCUCCUGGGGUUUGAGCCUCGGGGAACUGCCAUUGGCCAGCGGCUGGUCACAUGGAACAACAUGGUGAAGAACACAGGCUACAAAGCCACACUGGCCAACUACCCCUUCAAAUAUGCAGACGAGCAAGCCAAAAGUCACCAGGAACCUCGGUGGUCAGACGACCACUUUGAAAGAGACAAGCGGGAGGUUGAGUGGGAUUUCAGCAAAGAGUUCUUCUGUGACAUACCAGGUGACAGUUAUUCCAGACUGGUGUUUGCGUCGGCUGAAGGGAAAAGUCUGUGGACUAUUCAGGCCAUCAAAUCAAUGUGCAGCCAGGACAACACAAGAGUGCGCUCCCACCGUGAUUACCUGAAUCUCUGUCAGCGCACCAAUAAUGUCUCCUGUUGUCCAAGCUGGACACUGGGCAACUACAUAGCUGUCCUCACUAACAAGUCGUCCUGCCAGAAGAUCACAGAGCGGGACGUGUCCCACACUCUCAAGAUCUUGCGAUCGUGCGCCAAGUACUACCAUAAUGGCACGCUUGGACCCGAUUGCUGGGACAUGGCGCUACGUCGCAAAGAUCAGCUGAAAUGUGCCAGCGUUCCACGGAAGUGCACCAAGUACAACGCGGUGUACCAGAUCCUUCACUUCCUGGUGGACAAAGACUUCCUGAGCCCAAAGAGUGUGGAGCAUCCUCCAGUGCUCAAGUACAGCAUGUUGUUCUCUCCUACAGAGAAAGGAGAGUCCAUGAUGAACAUCUAUCUGAACAACUUUGAGAACUGGAACUCCUCCGACGGCAUCACCACCGUCACAGGAAUUGAGUUCGGAAUCAAACACGACCUCUUCCAGGACUACCUCCUCACUGACACGUUGUACCCCGCUAUCGCCAUAGUCAUAGUCCUGCUGGUCAUGUGCGUGUACACACGCUCGGUUUUCAUCACUCUAAUGACAAUAAUCGCCAUCAUCAGUUCGCUGAUCGUCUCCUACUUUCUUUACCGAAUGGUCUUUAACUUUGAGUUCUUCCCUUUCAUGAACCUCACUGCCCUCAUCAUCUUGGUAGGGAUCGGGGCUGACGACGCGUUUGUUCUUUGCGACGUGUGGAACUACACCAAGUUUGACAAACCGCACGCCGAGUUGUCGGAGACGGUAAGCGUGACCCUGCACCACGCCGCCCUCUCAAUGUUUGUCACCAGCUUCACCACCGCUGCCGCGUUUUAUGCCAACUACGUCAGCAACAUCACCGCCAUACGCUGCUUCGGGGUCUACGCCGGGACUGCCAUCUUAGUCAACUACAUCCUGAUGGUGACGUGGCUCCCUGCUGUCGUGGUGCUGCAUGAGCGCUACCUGCCCAACCUGUUCAUCUGUUCCAAGCCCCCUCAGCAGCAGCAGGGAAACUGCUUCACGCAGGUCUUCUGGGCCUCCGUUUGCCACAAGAUCCACAAAUGCCUGUUCACCCUCUCUGAGGGAUCACGGAUCUUCUUUGAGAAGGUGCUGCCCUGCGUUGUCAUCAAACUGCGCUACCUCUGGCUCUUCUGGUUCCUCGCCAUCACGGUCGGCGGAGCUUACGUGGUCUGUGUGAACCCCAAGAUGAAACUGCCGUCCUUGGAGCUGGCCGAGUUCCAGGUGUUCCGGUCCUCUCACCCUUUCGAGCGCUAUGACGCUGAGUACAAAAAGCUCUUCAUGUUCGAGAGAGUUAACCACGGCGAGGACCUCCACAUGCCCAUCACAAUCAUCUGGGGGGUUACGCCGGAGGAUAACGGAGAUCCCCUGAACCCCAAAAACAAGGGGAAGCUGAUGCUGGACAGCAGCUUUAACAUAGCCAGUCCAGCAUCUCAACUGUGGAUCCUUAACUUCUGCCAGAAGCUUAGGAACCAAAGCUUUGUCUUUCAGUCAGAAGAUCAGGACUUCACUAGCUGCUUCAUCGAGACGUUCAAACAGUGGAUGGAGAACCAAGACUGUGAAGAGACCUCUGUCUACCCUUGCUGCAGUCAGUCUACCUUUCCCUAUAAGAAGGAUGUGUUUCAGUUGUGCAUCAAGAGAGCCAUUAUGGAGCUGGAUCGAAGCACAAGCUACCAUCUGGACAGCAAGACCCCCGGACCUCGAUUUGACAUCAACGACACCAUCAGAGCCAUCGUUUUGGAGUUUCAGAGUACCUACCUCUUCACUCUGGCUUAUGAGAAGAUGUACCACUUCUAUCGUGAGGUGGAUGCCUGGAUCACAGAGGAACUCCGCUUCGCCCCAGAGGGUCUCAGCCAUGGCUGGUUUAUCAGCAACCUGGAAUUCUACGACCUCCAAGACAGUCUGUCUGGUGGCACUCUGGUUGCCAUGGCGCUAUCUGUGGCAGUGGCUUUCAGCGUCAUGCUGCUAACCACCUGGAAUGUCAUCAUCAGCCUGUACGCCAUCUUGUCUAUCGCCGGGACCAUAUUUGUCACAGUGGGCUCCCUGGUGUUGUUGGGCUGGGAGCUGAACGUCCUUGAGUCCGUCACCAUCUCGGUUGCCGUGGGGUUGUCCGUGGACUUCGCCGUCCACUAUGGCGUUGCUUACAGGCUCGCUCCAGAACCCGGCCGGGAAGGGAAAGUGAUCUUCUCCCUCAGCCGGAUGGGCUCUGCAAUCGCCAUGGCGGCAGUGACCACCUUUGUUGCCGGAGCGAUGAUGAUGCCAUCAACAGUCCUGGCCUACACCCAGCUGGGCACAUUCAUGAUGCUCAUCAUGUGCAUAAGUUGGGCUUUCGCUACCUUCUUCUUUCAGUGCAUGUGCUGCUGCCUCGGACCCCAGGGCACCUGCGGUCAGAUUCCCCUGCCCAAGAAGCUGCAGUGCCAGGCCUUCAGUGAAGACGCACCCUCGAGCCCCUCUCCUGAGGGGAAGUAUCAGCUGGACAGCAGGGGCAGAGAGGCAGAGCACUAUGAGCUGGAGCCGUUGGCCUCCUAUCAGAAAACUGGAGUUAAGCCAGAAGAGAAGGAGGAGGCGGAGGAAGAGCUGUGCACUCGGCUCUGUAAUGGAGCCCCUUCUCAUGCUAACCACACCAUGUCUAUACCACACAUUCACAGCAAUGAUACAGACAGAAAAACACAGCCAGAAAAUGGGCUAGUAACCUCACUCUCUACGUCAUCCAGGUGCCACUACACUCCCAACAACUGCACAUGUAUAGACUCCCCAUCCCAGCUUCUACAGCAGUGGGCCCCACAUUCCUGUACUCUGCCUCCCCAGGACUCCCCUUCCUGCUCCCCCACCCCUCAGCUUCUCCAUCUCUCAGGUAAUUCCAGGACCAAGCAGAACGCAGCCCUGUUGCCUCCAAACGUGGACGCGGUCUAUUCACACAUGGACUGCUGUGUUCACUAUGUCCACUGCCCCCUCACCCAUUUCCAUCACUGCUCACAGGGCAGAGCUGUGGGCCACAGGCAGGGACCUGCCCAUACCUGCCAUCUCAGGAAGUACUGCGUCCAACCAGCCUCAAACCAGGACAUUGGCCAAGCUUCAGGGUCACCCUCUGCUCCACAGACUCCAGACAAAGAGACAAAGCAUUUAAGUCCUGGCAGUACCCAGAAUGGGAACUCCCAAGUCCCAACCCGACCCAAUGGCCAGUGUCCCAGCCCCACUGCACUAACAGCUCAUCGUGAAAACCAGAGGAUGAAGGAACGCGAACACUGCUGUGACAAAAACCCUGCGUCCGCCAUUAAUACAGACUCAAUCACAGACAUUGAUGAUUGUCGUAAAAUCCCUGGUAACCAGGAGAGGCCUGAAAGUUAUCCCGUCACACGGGAGCAAAGUGUGAAAAAGUGCAAACGGAACUCAAAAAGAGCGCAGGCGUCCUCCGCCUCCCCAAAGAGGCUCUACUCUUUUAACGGGACGUUGAAAGUGAAGUGCAAUUCAGCUUCAGAGUUUAGCUUGCCAAAAAGCGAAGCCAGCGUGCCUCCUGUUGCAGUGAACACUCAGCCGUCCUCUGAAAGCUUAUGCUGAUUCAUGGGUAAAAUCGACAAAAUAUCAAUAACCCAAAAAUGACUCACAUUUUUGUGCAAUCAUAUUAGAUGCUGGGUCUGUGUUUUCACCAAAUCCCAGCUGAACUAUGAAAGUUUUUUUUUUAUUGUUUUCUACUUACCACAUUUUCACAUGCCAGAUUAUGUACUUCAUUUUUCCAGUGGAACAUACUAAUAAUGCGGUGUCAUGUAAAAGAAUGAUCAUCUCUUUACACAGAAACCAUGCAUCUAGCAGCCAUCUGUACCACCCCUAAACCCCACUGUAGUGUCUGAACUGUGGUGUCUUGCAAAACUGUUCAAACCCCUGGAUCUUUUCCACAUGGAGUCACAUGACAUCCACAAACCUGAAUGUACUUUAUUGGGAAUUUGUGUGAUAGAUCACCUCUAAGUAGUGUAUGAUUAUAAAUUGGGGGGAAAUAAUAAAUUGUUUAAUAUUUUCUGCCAAAAAUUUUGGGGGAAUCCAUCUUUGCAAAAUUGCUCAAGCUCAGGUUGGAAAUUGCAUCUAUUAACAUGCACUUUCAAGUCUUGCCAUAGAUUUUUAAUUGAAUUAAGCCAGAGUUUUGAUUGGGCCAUUAUAAAGGUAAAGGCAAUUCCUGCUCUGUUUAUGGUCGUUGUCUGUACCUUAUCCCACUUCACAACUAGGCUGUACUUGCUAGCUGCGUUUCCAUUAGAAAUAUGUGGCAAUAUUUGUCGAUAUUCUGCUGAUGCCGGAAAAACACAAUUGUAAAUCACAUGUGAAUAUGCUUGUUCAUUUGAUAAGUCAUUAAAAAUCAUGGCAGCGACGGAUGUAAACAGUUACAUGAAAUAAAUUCAUAGUUAAGCCAUGGUGCUAGCGCUCUUCAUCCAUCAGCCAUCAGAGGAGACGUUGGCGUGUUUUUCACGCGUUGGAGCGACAAGCGCCAUAUACGUGGUAGCAGCUACGUAUGCAACGUUUGGCCAUUUCACAGAAGAGCUGUGAAUUCAACAUGUUGAAAUGACGCACAACAUUUUAUAAACCGAGAUACUGCGAGAGCUCUGGUGGAGCAUUGUCUAAAAGAAACCCCAAACCAACCAUCAUUCUUCUGGUACUUUCUGUCGUCAUCUUUUCUGCCAGUAGUAACAUCCGGUUGUUGAUCACGUCACCUGUGUGAUGCAAAAAAAGUUUUGCAAAAUAUAUCGAUUUUCUUUAUGGCCAAAAAUAACACCUCAUCCUACCGCAAAAACAUUUGAUCAAAAAGCGUGAGUUUUUUCAAAAUUGGCAUGUUUCCAUUGAGAAAAUUUACUUUUGUAUUUUCAAUUCACGCAAUUCUAUGAUUAAUGGAGAUACAGCUACUGUUAGUCCAUUACAUAAAUCCCAGUAAAAUACUUUAGUGUUUGUGGUUGGAAAAUGACAGUAACAUAAAAAAAAUUCAGGAGAAUGAAUUCUUUUGCAAGGCAUCGGAUGUGCACUUAUCGCAUUCGUUCAAUGAUCAUGCCAACCGUACCAUUGUACCAUGUUUCACAAGCUGCUUAAGGUGGUUUAUGUGUCACCUUCUGUAUUUCUGAGAACUCCGGUUUUGCUCAAGUCUUCACACGUCUCGCAUAAAAGCUGCGGUGUGUGAUUAAAAGGCUUUCUCUUACCCCCAUUGUCCUGUUACUGUUUGUAUUCCCAGAAGGUAUCAUCCCCAAGGUAAAGAGUCAGGAUGAAUAACAGCUGUACACCUGUUUCAUUGUCUAAUAAAGGCUGGUGCCUUUCAGCCUC